CAAGUUUGAGGACCAAAUUAAACUAUUAACUCACAUUUUUUUUCCUACCCAAAAAAAAAAUCAUAAAAAUCCCCUCUUUCUAAAGUUGGAACCCUACGUUACACAAAAUCCGACAUUCCCAAUUAUCAGUCCUUCAGAGUUCAGAUCUAUAAAACAAUCCCAAAAAUGUCUUUCAAAACCACCGCCAGUUACGGUGCUACAACCACGCUCACUCCUACUCAACCCUCCCCCAGUCCCUCCAACCUCACGUUCAUUUCACGCGCCAAGGAAGCCACCACCAUAAACCCAACCCUCGCCACUGCCGCCGCCGCGACAGCCACAAUCUCCAACACCGCCGCAACGACGCGCCCAUGGCGGGAGCUUCUAGACCCUUCCGCACUCUCCCGACCUUACUCUUACUCCGACGCGAUGCUCCGCGUUCGUCGCAACCUCUCCUACUUCCGCGUCAACUACACCGCAGUGAUGCUCCUGGUCCUCUUCCUCAGCCUCCUAUGGCACCCAUUCUCCAUGAUCGUCCUUCUCCUCCUCCUUGUCGCCUGGUACUUCCUCUACUUCUCUCGUGACAGACCGCUCUCUGUACUCGGCACCGUUCUUGACGAUACAACAGUUCUCUGCACCCUCGCGCUUGUGACGGUUGUGAUGCUUGUGUCCACUCACGUUGGGAACAACGUGUUGGUGGCGCUCAUUGUUGGCGUUGUGGUGGUUGGGAUCCACGCGGCGUUUAGGGUUACUGAGGAUUUGUUUCUUGACGAAGAGAAUGCGGCAGAAGGCGGGUUGCUCUCUGUCGUUGGUACCCAACAGCAUCUCAGAACGGAUUAUACCAGAAUUUGAUUGCAAUUGAGUCCUCAAAGUUUGAUUUUCUUCCCCCCUUUUUUUUAUUUAUUUCUUCCCUGAAUAUUGUAAGGUAAAAUGAUUGGUUUCAAUAGAGGAGAGGUUACAAUUGAAAAAAAAUUGGAGUGUGAGAAUUUCUGAAACUUCAAGAUAUUCUGUGUGUUGUUUAGUUAAUUAACUGUUUUUAACAUACUUUUAACUGAACUACAGUAGUUUCAUGCUACCACCUUGAAUCUUUUGUUCAAUAAGGAUGGAAAGUAGGGCUGUUGUUAAUGGCGGUGUCUGUAGCGAUUAACAGAAAAGAUCCAUUGAAAAUUUCAAUGAAUGAUUUAUCUAUUAUUUUACU